GGCAGGAGGCACAGACUAGGGAGGCAGCUGAAAUGUGGCCCGACAGGUCUGAUGGGAAUGCAGAGAGAGAGAGAGAGAGAGAGAGAGAGAAAGAGAGAGAGAGAGAGAGAGAGAGAGAGACAGGGAGGUUGCUGAGUGACUGACAAGUCUGUCAACCAGGUGGAGUUAGGAGCAGUCUGGCUGUAACUAAGAACAUUACAUAGUUGUGUUGCUGAGUGUGGGACUGGAUUGCACCUGAUAAUUUUACUGACAGAGAGGGAACCUCAAGGGCCAGUGGACUCCCAACCACCACCACCACCAGACUUGACAGAGUGGAAUUUCCCUCCUCUUCCCUGGCUGGAGCCGGGGGCAGAUGGUCACUCUGAGAGUUUGAGCAGAACUCAGGAAGGAGCAGUGAGAGGAAGGGUGGGAGGAGGUCUGGGGAGGGAGAGGAAGAGAAGCGAGGAGUGGACAGAAGAGGAGAGAUGCUUCGCAACGGUUCAGGACGAACUGUUUCCACCACCACCACCACAACACAGGACUUUCCAGACUCUGAGAGGAGGAUUAGACGCCUCAGGUUAACACUUCACGCAGGAGAUAAUGGAAACAAGGAGCCAAAACCCGCAAACUCGGACACAGCUGAGAAAAAGAAGGAUGUCAAUGAACCAUGGAAGAAGAAGAAUGGGCUGAUCCAAAGAGAGAGGCCAGCUGGCAGGGAGUCACCUCAGCAGCAACUCGGAGACAUGACCAAUGGGGCGCCAGAGACAUCGCUGCAGAAUCAUGGGCCCACAGUGUACGGUGUAGUGCAGAGGACGGGUUCAGACAGACAGCAGGUGGUGAUGGCGCGCGAGUGGACGGCCAAUCACCUUCAGGAUGAGAUGAAGUACAUCAGGGAGGUGAGAGAUUCUUUGGAGAAGGUGAGAGAGCGGAUGUAUGGGCAGUUUGGAGGAAUGCAGCAAUCAAUGGAUAAGCUUUCACAAGAAAUCAGGGCUGCCAAUUCACAUCGGAGGAGUCUGGAGUCAGAGGUGAAGAUCCGGACAACAGCCAUGGAGAGCUUCGAUCAGAUGAACAGCUCUCUUAUAUCUGCUAACAUCAGCUUGCAGUUUCCUUUGCAGAAAUCCCUUCUGGAGAACUGUCAGAAAAGAGUGGACACAAGAGACGAGGUGAAGAGUUUGCGGAGCACCUGUGAGAAAACACAAGAAAAACUCAGAGACAAGGAGAGGGAGCUGACUGCUGCGCAGGUUGAAAACCAGACUUUGAGACUACAGGUGGAGUCUGCACGGGAGGCCAACAAUCAGGCGCUGCACGAGCUCUCAGCAAAGCUAAAGCGGGAGUACGAGGAGAAGCUGCAGGAGGAACAACGGAAACACAGGGAGGAGAUUGAAAAGCUACAGGCCCAACUUGAUGAAUACAUCAGGCGACUGGAGGAAGCAGAGAAAAACAUCAGGAUUGCAGAGGCCAAGAUUGCUGAAAGGGACCAGAGGAUCAUUGAAGUGGAGCGUCUCCUGGACUGUAUGGGAAAGGAAAAGAGUCAGCUCCACAAGAAGCUGCAGGAAUGUGAACAGCGUCUCCGCUUGAUGGAGCUGACAGACAAAACUGAUGCAACUGUAGCCAAAAGGUCCAAAGUGCUGCAAUCUGAAUCUGUGGAUCUCCGUGAGAGAAUCAAACACUUGAAUGACAUGGUGUUCUGCCAGCAGAGGAAAGUCAAAGGAAUGAUCGAGGAGGUUGAAACAUUGCGAGCCCAAGUCGCUCAGAAGGAUAUGUUCAUCUCAGAGCUUCUGGACAGAAUUGCAAUAGUGGAAUGUGAGAAUAAUGAAUUAGAAGACAAGCUGAAGUAUUUUAUGUCCACACAGAAUAAACCGAAACCACGAGAGGUUUUGGAAACCAGGGAGAUAGGAGUAGGCUGUGAUCUGCUCCCCAGACGUGAAGCAAAAAGGCAUGAUGCUGAACCUCUUGUUCAGUAUGAACCAACUAAUCUCCAUCCCAUACAACACCCACUACCUGUUCAACCUCCACCACCAGUGAAACCUCCAUCACCCACUCUACCUCCAUCACUGAUACAACCUCUAGCCCCCACACAACCUUCAUCCCCCACAGAACCUUUAUCCCCCACACAACCUUCAUCUCCUACAUUUCCCAUUCAACAUCCAUUCCACUACCUAACAACACCCAACCAACCAAGGACGUUCAAGUCUAACAACCCUCCACCCAGCAGGCUGGAGUCCAGUUUACUGAGGUACACUCCUGUCCAGUACAGCCGCUUCCUGCCGUCCAAACCCUUGGAGCAGAGUGGGAUGUUCCCCUCCACCCACCCGUCUGAAUCUGAGUCUCCUGUGAGUUCAGUCCAGUCCGGGAGAGAUGAGCUGGACGCAGAAACAAACAAAGAUACACGAUCGAGUCCUGAGGAAUCCACUUCUUCCUUGUUCUCUUCUCAACCAAGAUCAAGAGCACCUCAAGUUUAUUCACCAUACAUGAAACUUAUGGAAAUAACAGCAAAGAUAAACAUAGAGUGAUCUUGAAGCAGUAGUUUGACAAUAUGGGAAAUACAUGUAUUUGCUUUCUUGCCAACAGUUAAAUGAGAAGAUUAAUACCACUCUAAUUUUUGAAUGUAACUAUAUAUAUCCACAGCUAGCAACUGGUAAACUUAGCUUAGCACAAAUACUGAAAAAGGGGGAAAGAGCUAGCCUACAGGCUUUGUCCAAAAGUUAGAAACUCUGCCUGCCAGGGCUGUCAUUUUUUUAUUAGGAAUCGCGUUCAAAUGUGAGAAAAAAUAAAAAAUUCAAACCUGUAUUUGAACCUGUAUUCAAACCGAAUUCAAAAUUUACAGUCUGACAAACCGUUUACAGAGGAUGCUCUUAAAAUAUCUCAAAUACAUAUAUAACUAAAAGAGCACUCAAAGAGCACAGACCUCUGCCAUGCUCUAUCUUGCAAUGGUAACAAAAGUGAAAGAUAAUUUGUGUCUCUGCCCAAUGAUUCAGGUCCGCUCCAAAAUGUAAUCGGUUCUUCCUUGGCCGAUGCUACACCCUUCGACCAAGUUUCAUGCCAUUCUGGCCAGUGUAGUUUUUUGUAAUCCUGCUGACAAACCAACAAACAAACAAACCAAUCCUAAAACAUAACCACCUUUGGCGGAGGUAAUAGUUAACAAAUUAAUUAGUAAGCUUUGGUACUGGUAAAACUACCAUAUAGGUUGUGCAAAUUGCUCAUUACAACCCAUAAUUAUGUUUCUUGUUUGGCGGUGACCCUUGUACGGCUAAUCUAUGACAUGUAGUUAUAUAUUGCUGCUGUUAAAGCUAAGAUAAGUGCAGUUACAUAUUUACUGUACAGUUGGUGGUAUUGAUCCUCUCUUCUAACUCUUGGCAAUAAAUCAAAUAAGUGUAAUUCCUAAAAUGUUGAAGUCCUUUUAAACCCAGUUGUCUUUGGUCUUAUUUUCACUGCUGGUUAUCUUUUAUAAAAAUAGCGUCACACAUAUGCAUAUUAGUCCUUUCUCUGUCACAUAUGUUGGAGAACAUGAUUUUGGUUGAUGAUGUAAAAAGUCUUAUGUAGGUUUUCAGCCUAUGUUUUCAUGUUUAAUGAUAAUAAUUUGUUGCUUGCUGUAGGGUGUAAAUAAUCUGAAGCUCUGUAAAAAAUAUUUUGUAAGUAAUGUACUGAAGGAUUGUGUUGUUUACACGGAAUGUAGCCUGUUGCUCAUGGAGCUAUGAAGGUUGAUACGGUUAUUGUGUCUAUAUAUCAUUUUAUAUUGGCUCUGUACAAAUUAAAUGAACAUUAUUUUGUUAUUGUCACAUUAUGUACAAAAUAUUUAUUAAUAUGCUUUGUGCCUUUGUGAACUGCCUACUAUCUGAUACUGGUGGUGGGAAUGAAUCUCUUUAAAUUGGCAACAGGGUAAGAUUGUAAUAAAAUAUAAAGUAAAUUUCUGUGUUAAUGAUGAGACUGGUCUAUCACUUUAAAGGUAGAUAGACCUUAUUGAGGUGACUGCCAUUCUUGAGCCACAGGCACAAGUAUUAUCCAGCUGUUUUCUGCACUGCCACAACUGUGUUUAAAAAAUCUUUAUGAUGUGCCUUUUCCUUAAAGAUACGUAUCAUUCUGCGACUAAUGAUAAGAGGUCAGCGUAUGUUUGGAUAAUAAAGACUUUACUGUGUAAGUACCUAGAAAUCCUGAUUGUGUCAGCACUUACAUACUGUGCAACCUCAUACAUUUUCUAAAGCCAUACGUAUGACUACUUCAUUGUUCAGCUAGUAA